AGUUCAAAGAAAGAAAGAAAGCCUUAAAAGCAUGACCGCCACUACCACCACGUCCAUCACAACCGCCCUCCUCCACCUCUCCACACUCCUCCACCUCUCCACCACAGCCUUUUCGAUUGGUGUCAAUUAUGGUACCCUAGCCAACGAUCUGCCAUCACCAUCUCAGGUGGCCAACUUCCUUAAAACACAAACAAUUAUUGAUAGCAUCAAAAUCUUUGACACCAAUCCUGACAUUCUUCGCGGUUUUGCCAACACAAACAUUACCGUGACUGUAACCGUUGGUAAUGGUGAUAUUCCUGCUCUUGUUGAUGCAAAUGCCGCCAGCCGAUGGGUUGCUAACAAUAUCGAGCAAUUUUAUCCACAAACAAGGAUUAAACUCAUCGCUGUUGGCAAUGAAAUCUUGUUUACUGGUAAUAAGGAGUGGAUUUCUCAUCUUGUACCCUGCAUUAAGUCCUUGCACCAGGCUCUUGUUCGUGCUGGGAUCAACGAUGUUAAGGUGUCAACUCCUUACACCCUUGGGAUCUUGCAAAAUUCUGUGCAACCAAGUGCUGCCCGGAUUAAGCCUGCCUAUGGCAAAGUCGUAUUUGCACCCAUGCUCGAAUUUCUACGUCAAACCAAGUCACCCCUUUUGGUUAACCCAUACCCUUAUUUUAGCUACUCUCCGAGCAUGGAAGACUACAUCCUUUUCAAGCCUAACCCUGGUAUCCAUGACGACAACACCAACAUUACCUACACUAACAUGUUCGUUGCAAUGAUGGAUGCAGUUUAUUCGGCAAUAAAAGCAAUGGGUUACGAUGACUUGGACAUUGUUGUGGCCGAGUCCGGUUGGCCCUCACUCGGCGACCCGAACCAGCCCAUGUGUACGGUGGAGAACGCAGUGUUAUAUAAUAAGAACAUGAUUAAGGUUGUUACUUCGGGGGAGGGGACUCCUUUGAUGCCCAAACGGCAGUUCGAGACGUAUGUUUUUGCAUUGUUUAAUGAGAAUCUUAAGCCUGGAACAGCCGCGGAGAGGAAUUGGGGCUUGUUUAGGCCAGAUUUUAGCCCGGUUUAUGAUGUUGGCAUUUUGAGCAAUAUUGGAAAGCCCACUGGUUCAAGCCCAUCGCCUACAAAAAGCCCAUUCAGUGGUCCAAGCACAUCGCCUACAAAACGCCCAGCCACUGGUUCAAGCUCAUCGCCUACAAAAAGCCCAUCCACUGGUUCAAGCCCGUCCACUGACUCGAGCCCAUCACCCACAAUAAGCCCAUCGACUGGCUCAAACCCAGCACCCACAACAAGCAAGACAUGGAGUGAGCCCAAAGCGGACGCCAGUGACAAAGCAUUACAAGCGAACAAAGACUAUGUGUGCAGCCAGGGGGCGCAUUGCAAGCCUAUUCAAACUGGCGGUGCCUGUUUCAAUCCAAACAAUAUCAGAGGUGAUGGUGAUUGCAGAAGGAAGGAACAUCAGCUUCAAAAUAAGAGUAUGCCUACUCUCUCUUUUUUCGGGAAUCGUAGUCGUUGCUUGUUUUGA